CGCACGCGGUCACGUGAGCGCUGUCUCCGCAGCCCGGCUUUUGCUUCCUGCUCCGCUCGGAUCUGCCGGCCGAUGGAGGAGGAGGAUGAGGAGGUGCGGGCGCUGCUUGGGGACCGCCCCGAGGGGGACAGCGCGGUCCGGGGCGCCCCGCGCGCUCUGCCCGCGCUCUGCGACCCCAGCCACCUGGCGCACCGGCUCGUGGUGCUGCUGCUGAUGUGCCUCCUUGGCUUCGGUAGCUACUUUUGCUAUGACAGUCCCGCUGCCCUCCAGACUCAGGUUAAGCGGGACAUGCAAGUGAAUACUACGAAAUUCAUGCUGCUGUACGCCUGGUAUUCUUGGCCCAAUGUAGUGUUGUGUUUCUUGGGUGGCUUUUUGAUAGACCGAAUAUUUGGAAUACGAUGGGGCACAGUUAUUUUCAGCUGCUUCGUUUGCAUUGGACAGGUUAUUUUUGCACUGGGUGGAAUAGUUAAUGCAUUUUGGCUGAUGGAGUUUGGGAGGUUUGUCUUUGGGAUUGGUGGAGAGUCCUUAGCAGUUGCCCAGAAUACAUAUGCUGUGAGUUGGUUUAAAGGCAAAGAAUUAAACCUGGUGUUUGGACUCCAACUCAGCAUGGCCAGAAUUGGAAGCACAGUGAAUAUGAACCUCAUGGGACGGCUGUAUUCCAAGACUGAAACUGCACUGGGUUCAGCCGGCCAUACGACCCUGGGAGUGACACUCAUGAUUGGGGGUGUGACAUGCAUUCUUUCACUAAUCUGUGCCUUGGUCCUUGCUUAUUUGGACCGGAGAGCAGAGAAAAUCCUUCAUAAAGAACAAGGAAAAACAGGUGAAGUCAUUAAGUUGACUGAUAUAAAGGACUUCUCCUUACCCCUGUGGCUGAUCUUCCUCAUCUGCGUCUGCUACUACGCAGCGGUGUUCCCUUUCAUCGGGCUGGGCAAAGUUUUCUUCAUAGAGAAAUUCAGAUUUUCUUCCCAGUCAGCAAGUGCAAUUAACAGUAUCGUGUAUAUCAUAUCAGCUCCCAUGUCCCCAGUAUUUGGACUCCUGGUGGAUAAAACUGGGAAGAACGUCAUCUGGGUUCUGUGUGCAGUUGCUACCACCCUCGUGUCCCACAUGAUGCUGGCCUUCACCUUUUGGAACCCCUGGAUUGCUAUGAGUCUCCUGGGACUCUCCUACUCAUUGCUUGCCUGUGCCUUGUGGCCAAUGGUGGCAUUUGUAGUUCCCGAGCACCAGCUGGGGACUGCAUACGGAUUCAUGCAGUCCAUUCAGAACCUCGGGCUGGCCGUCAUCUCCAUCCUUGCUGGCAUGAUACUGGAUACUCGGGGAUACUUGCUUUUGGAGGUUUUCUUCAUUGCCUGUGUUUCCUUGGCACUUUUUGCCGUGGUCUGUCUGUAUUUGGUGAACCGUGCCCGAGGUGGGAAUCUAAACUGUUCCGCAAAACAAAGGGAAGAAUUAAAACUUUCUCAUACCGAAUAAGACUCUGAAAUGAUUGGAGAAUGGGCAACGUGCACCACUGAUUGGAAACCUUUAUGAAGAUUUUCUUUUUUUUUUCUUUUAAAAAAAGUUAUUUAGAAAAAUAAUAGAGUGGAAAACAUAUUUAUAUUUUAAAUAUACCUACUAAAAGUGUGUUCAUAAAGACUGUUUUAGCCUGUGGUUUUUGUAACGUGAUACUAAUGAAUUCUAAUCAACAAUGAACAGUUUAGAAAAUUGGUCUGGAACAUUCAGCGAGCUUUAAGGACCAACCGUAAUGGUCUGCAAUAUUCUGUUGGGGUAGUUUUUAGUACAUGUAUCCUCAGGAUGAACGUUUUCUAUAUAUUAUAACAGGGAAAAGGAAAAGGAAAAAAACCCCACAAAAUAUGAGGGGGUGGUACAGAAGAUGUUACAUACAGAGUAAGUGAUGACAUUUUAGUUCAUAGAGAAUGGUAUACAAUUGCUUCCUGUUCUCCACUAGGAGAUCAUGAGUGCCAUUAAUGAUGGCUGCUGAGCAGCAAACCUGUGAAGUGUUUUGUUUGUUGUUGUUGUUUUUCCUAUCAGGGACAUAAUUUGUAGUACAAACACUCUGAAGAGUUUUUUCCCUUAAAGACAAUAUAAAAGCGUCCUUCAAUUUAUGAUGGCUACCUAUGUACAUGGGUACAUAAAACCAGUGCAAAAGUUAUAUUUUGUGUUUUCACUUUAUUUUUAAAACAUUUCAACACUGAUUUCAGUUUUCCUGUGGAAGAUAAUCUCCAGAAAUCAAAGCUGCAAUAAAGAAGUGUCCUAGGUACAGUCUCAUUGACUGAUUACAGGUGUAGGGUACAGUCUCAUUGACUGAUUACAGGUGUAGGGUACAGUCUCAUUGACUGAUUACAGGUGUAAGGUACAGUCUCAUUGACUGAUUACAGGUGUAGGGUACAGUCUCAUUGAAUGAUUAUAGGUGUAGGAUGCAGUCUCAUUGAAUGAUUACAGGUGUAGGGUACAGUCUCAUUGAAUGAUUACAGGUGUAGGAUGCAGUCUCAUUGACUGAUUACAGGUGUAGGAUGCAGUCUCAUUGAAUGAUUACAGGUGUAGGAUGCAGUCUCAUUGAAUGAUUACAGAUGUAGGAUGCAGUCUCAUUGAAUGAUUACAGGUGUAGGGUACAGUCUCAUUGAAUGAUUACAGGUGUAGGAUGCAGUCUCAUUGAAUGAUUACAGGUGUAGGAUGCAGUCUCAUUGAAUGAUUACAGGUGUAGGGUACAUGUGGUGCAAAGCAUUGUAUGCGUAAAGCUUUGCCAUCCAGGGGCUGGAGAGAUGAUAGGGCUUAAGGACAUUUACUCCUAAGAGGACCCCAGUUCAGUUCCCAGCAUCCACACGGGGCAGCUCCCAGUCAUCUGGAACUCCAGCUCCAAGGGAUCCAGCACCUUCUUCUGCCUUCCUCAGGCUCUUGGGCAUGUGAGAGCACACGCACAUGCACACACACGCACACGCACGCACACGCACACAAAUAUAAUAAUAAUGGAUCUUUUAAAGAGCACAGAAACAGUUUGAAAAUGCAUUCCUUCUCUUUUUGAGUUAUCAUUUAUUAUGCCAUUCUUCACUUGUUAGUUUUGGGGCUUUGACCACAUGUGGCUGUUGUAGCACACGUCAAGUAUGAAGUUGUCGUUGCUGUGUGUGCUGGCUGGCUCCUGUGUCCUGGCCUUGUAGGGAGCCUGGCCCUCUCACAGUCUUUGUCCAUUGCUAUUUGCUUCUCUUAGAGUGUCCUCUAGUGCACACUCUAACCUGGUUUCACCUGGUUUAAACAAAAGCCUUAGUUCCCAGCCCAGAACCAUUCUUCCAUACAGAAACUCCUCCAGACUGCUCAGGCCUGAUAACAAUCCAGGAUGCCUAUGGACUUUGAAAACCUUGGACUUGGCCUUUUUAGCUUGCCUCAGUUUGUGAGGAAUUUGUGGCAGUGUGGGUUUAGGGUCGUGUGUUUUCUCUUCCUUAGACUGUCAACUCCAUGAGAGCAGGGACAUUGGUUUGUUAGUGAAUGUAUCCACAGUGCCUAGCACAAUGUAUGUACAAAACUUGACUUUUUUUUAACUGAUGUGUAAAAUAAAAAGUAAUUGGAGUAACCUGUUUGGAGGAUAAAAUGGCAAUUCAAAUAAAAAGACCCCCAAAGGGUUGGUGGGCUGCA